AUGGAUUCAGUUUCAGUUCCUAUUUCGCUUCAUUCGCACGCUUCAUCUGUUCCGAUCCUUAAUGGAACAAAUUUCUUAGACUGGUCUGAGCAAGUCCAGUUUCACCUAGGUGUAUUGGAUCUUGAUUUGGCACUUCGGACUGAGAAACCACCUGCUAUUACCGAGGAAAGUAGCGCGGAAGAAAAAACUUUAAGUCAUUCUUGGGAAAGAUCGAACAGAUUGAGCAUUAUGUUUAUGCGAAUGAGUAUAGCAAACAACAUUAAGUCAACACUUCCUGAACGUGACACUGCUAAGGAAUUUUUUAAGACUGUGGAAGAACAUUUUCGUUCAGCUAACAAGUCUCUUGCUGGGACAUUAAUGGCUGAACUUACCACCAUGAAGUUUGAUGGUACUCGUGGGAUGCAUGAGCACAUCCUUGAGAUGUCAAAUCUAGCUGCUAAACUGAAGGCUCUUGGGAUGAAUGUGGAUGAGUCUUUUCUUGUUCAAUUUAUUUUGAACUCCUUGCCUCUUCAGUAUGGGCCAUUUCAAAUUCAUUACAACACUAUUAAGGACAAGUGGAAUGUAAAUGAAUUGGCCAGUAUGCUUGUUCAAGAAGAGACAAGACUUAAGCAACAAGGACAUCAUUCAAUUCACCUUAUAAGUAAAGGAGCUAGUAAGAAGUGGAAGAAACCUAAGAAGGGCAAAAGGGCAGAACCACCUAAGAUCAAUGGGCCAACUCAAAGAAUAGAGGUUCAUGAAAAGGGACAAAACAAUAUCAAGUGCCAUUUCUGUAAGAAGUUUGGGCAUGUUCUGAGAGAUUGCCACAAACGUAAGGCAUGGUUUGAGAAAAAAGGUUCCACUGUUCAUGCUUCUAAUUCAAUGCAGGGCUUCCUUACAAUCUAG